AGGUCCCUGCCAGCAGCUGCGCCACGGGCUGGCCCUGCUCGCGAAGGUCGUGGUGGACGUGAGCCAAAACUAUGCGAGGACACAAAUGCGUUGUAGACGAGCUCCGCGCUGCCGUCGCCUGGCCGCAUGACUUCGCGCGAGCGAUUUCAUUCAGCGCUGACCUCCGGAAUCGCACACUGAGAGCUGCCGUUGUUGUCGCACGGCCAGCUCGGCCGGCAUGCUGUGACGGCUGCGCGAGACCCCCUCCUCGGCGGCGGCGUCAUGCGGCUGCUACCGCUGCUGCUGCUGCCCGCGCUGCUGCUGCUGCUGCCGCCGGCGUCGCCCGUGGCAGCCUCGGCUGACUCGCACCUCAUCAGGUUCCACAACUACACGGACAAGCAGAUCCUCGAUUACCUUCUAGACCCGGUGCGCUACGACUACCGGAUACGACCACAAGAGCGGACCCAAGUCAACGUUAGCGUCCUGCUGCUGACCCUUUCUUCGCCGGACGAGUCGAGCCUGAAAUACGAGAUCGAAUUCCUGCUGCACCAGCGCUGGGAGGACAGGCGGUUGCAGUUCUUCGCCACCGAGGGGGGCGGCAGCCACCUGAACGGCCUCAUACACGAGGCCCGCAUGUGGAAGCCCGACAUCUACUUCCUCAAGCACGGAGAAUUCAAGACCCCGCUGACACCGAUACACAUGGGCCUGCGCCUCUACCCGAACGGCACCGUAAUGUACACGCUGCGACGACACAUGACUCUAGUCUGCCAGGGAAACCUCAAGAUAUUCCCCUUCGACAACCCAAAGUGCCCCUUUGCCGUAGAGAGCAUGUCAUACGAGGAGGGCCAGCUGAAGAUUGACUGGUCACCCACCGAGCCGUCCAUCAACACGGCCACCUCGCUGAGGGCGCACAACGCUUACCUGGCCAAGAACGAGACUGGCUACUGCGACACAAGACACACAUGGAGAGGAAACUACAGUUGCCUACGCGUGCUGCUGGUGUUCACGCGGGACAAGUCUUUCUACAUCAGCACCGUAUUCGUGCCGGGCAUCGUGCUGGUGACCAGCUCUUUCAUCAGCUUUUGGCUCGACAUCAACGCCGUGCCGGCCCGCGUCAUGAUCGGCGUCACCACCAUGCUCAACUUUUGCACUACCACCAACAGCUUCCGGUCCACCCUGCCCGUGGUGUCCAACCUGACCGCCAUGAACCUGUGGGACGGCGUGUGCAUGUUCUUCAUCUACGCGUCCAUGCUCGAGUUUAUCAUCGUCAACUACCUGUACCGAAACCUGGGCCUCAGGAAAAGGGCGGCCGCCGCCGCUCGGCGACCCAGUCGCCCGGCCUCAGCAGAGCCGCUGCGAGUGCCUCCGCUGAGGCACGAGCAUCUCGAGAUGAAGGAGCAGCACCCAAGCACAAACCACAGGGCGAGCCCGGGAGGCCUUUCGGCGGAGCAGGAGAACAGCCUGCUGCGGCCUGCUGCGCCGGGCCUGGCCGGGUUAGACACCAGCGUCAGCGCGACCGAUGAUCUCGGAGGGGGCGAACGGCCCGCGUCGUCCUGCGGCGUCGGCCCCGUGGGCAGCGGCCAGCGGCUGCGCGCCGUCGCCUCGGUGCUCGCGUGGCUGCGGCGGCCGCAGCUGCUUCCCAGGCAGCUGCCGCCAAAGCCGCGCAUAGCCAAGGCCAUCGAUUACUUCUCGCGUACCGUGUUCCCCGUCCUGUUUGGAGUCUUCACCUUCGGAUUCUUCCUGGCGUACGCCGUGAUCGGCCCGUCGGCCGAGGAGAACUGGAAACUCAUCGAAUACUAGACGGCGCUAAGGCCGACGUGCACGCGUCAUCGUUGCCGUGUCGUACCGUCAGGUCGAGGAGUGGCGGGGAGCCACCAGCGACGCCCGGUGAAGGUGCACUCGAGAAAACUGUUGCAAGACGUUUACUGCGUUGCUGAAGUUGAGCAUGCUCGAAGCGACAGGACCAACACUGACCCCGUGCUUUUCCCAGCUCUGCGAUCCCCGUACCAGUCCCCUAGUGCACACUUGUUCGCGCGACCACAUAAGUUAGUAUGUCAGAUGCACUCACUUAUUGAGCAAGCUUAUGCUACCACUAUGCUACUUAUUUCGGCGUCUCACUGCGCUGUACAUGCCUGCAUGCGUUAAGGUUUCGGCAGAGGGGUAACCUGAAUGCAGCCUGUUUAGCCUAUCAUCACCCCUGAAUGAUGCAAGGUGACAUCUCUAACCCAUGAUUCGUCGCAAGACGUCAGAAACCAGCGCUGGGGCUCCCCGCCACGUCACGGCACAGCGGUAACACGGUAACGAUAAUACGCGUACGUCAGGUUACAAACACUCACACACACAAUAAAAAAAAGAAAGAAAUAUCUCGUAACUAACCAGAGGCUCGCCCUUCCAACCACCACCCCGCCGAAACCGCCACCCAACGACCACCCCCGCUUCCCGUUGGCAUCACUCCUCCUCACCUCUUCGCCGCAGCCGCAGCAACAGCAGCAAGUAACACUUUGCGUUCGCGCUUGGUCUGUGAUGUCCCUCUCCCCCACACCGACCACCUCCACUUCCCGCUGCUUUUUGCACCGUGCCUUGUUUUUUUGCUGAGUCCAAAAAAAAAGGGUUGUGCUGGGACGCUUCGACAAUCUCCCCGCGUGCCUCCGCGCUUUCCCCCAAACUCCCGGGAGACCGCUUGUUAACUGGCCGCCGCCGACGACGUGCUGCGAGUGGUGCAUCUUUUUCUAUAUGACUUUUUACCGAUACUGUUACGUUAUCGACUCAUCGGUCACAAACUGUAUUGUUGUGACACCGACGGUCAAACGACGACCCGGAGGUGGCUUUGUCGGCGAACGCGCGUGUUUCUGCAGGAGAGGUUUUUUGAGUGCCCGCUUUGGGGGAAGUUGAGAAUAAAAGAAGGUAAAUAAAUGUUGCAGAUAAAUAACUGGGCCAAGCCAAGUUUAUAAGCGCCAAGAAGAUGAAGGGGAAGAAGAGGAGGCUCGAGAAGAAAAUAAAAAAAGAAAGAAGACGUUUACACCGACGAGGCGGGAACGUCAUCGUCGAGGGAGACUCUGCACAGACGAGGCCGUCGCUCUUCUUCCGCCUUCUUCGCUGGCCACCGACUUUCCCGUAUUUCUUCUACAGAGGUUUCAAACUAUAGAGCAUCUUUUUCUCCUGUAGGCAGACACCUUCCACUCUUGUAUGCAAUUCCGUUCUCGCAUAAACACAUGAAAUAAACCAAUUUUUCGAAUUAAA